AUGAAGUUCACUACUACUCUCUUCGGCCUCUUCGCCUCUCAGGCCCUUGCCGUCAAGAUGUACUCGGCCCCCAACGCUGAGAAGGAGUGCGGUGCCCUCGGAGUCGCAAAAUGGGAUCUCGAUGCCCUUCCCGCCGGCACGGACGUCUCUGAGCUCCGCAAAUGCAAAGAGCAUCCCCUCUCCCUCAAGAUUCACAGCCGCAACCCUGACGCUACCAAAGUCAAUGUCCUUCAGAAGAGAAAGUGCACUUCAUCCAAAGGCAAGCCCAGGGUUGGCUGUGACAAGCAUUGGUGCUGGCAGAACUGCGGCAGUCCCAGGGAGGUCGAAUGGGGUGCGUGGUGCUGGUCUGCUCAUAAAUCUGCGCCUGCGCCAAGGGCGACUGUAACCAGUGUGGUUGCGGCUGCUAAGCUCUCAACACCUUCACGAUGA